AUGAAGCUCAAAAAGCCCGCGUCCGCCAUCACCCGCCGGCAUAACAGCUUUCUGACAUCACCUACAGGUAACGCCAUACUGCUCUGGGCAAGCAAGGGAAAACAUCGCAAAGUAAAAUACUUGCUUAAGCAACCCGACACCGCCUACCUCAUCACGUACCAGGAAGCGAGAGGCUGGCGCAAGGGCUACACGGCCCUCCUGUGGGCCUCCGAGGCCAACAGCACCCGCACGGUCCUGAUGCUGCUCGACGCGGGCUCCAUCGUCGACCACAGGAGCUACGGAAACUUCACGGCCGUCUACCUGUUGGCGGAGAACAAUAACCUGGCUGGUGUGACCCGGAUUCUGGAGAUGGGCGCUGACCCCAACGUCGUGACCGCGAUGGGUUAUACGGCGCUGUUUAUGGCCACGUGGAAUGGACAACCGCAGAUAGUCAAGGUUCUCCUCGACCACAACGCCAACCCGAACUACACUACUCCUAAUACAAAAUACUUCCCGCUGUACAUCGCCUCCAAGAACGGCCACAAAGAGAUCGUGGAGCAUCUCCUCGACGCCUACGCCAACUUCAACAUGCAGACGUCGUGG